AUGGAAGCGGCGGCCGACCGAACCGGGGAUGUAAAUACAGGUGAAGACGCGACGGAGGACAAGGCCGUAGAGCAGACCACGGCCACCAGUACGGCCGUAACCCCGCGGAGGGGGCUCAGAGAGCGGGGAGCGGGGCGCCCGAGGUCCGGCGUCUCCGCUUCAUUAAUGGACGUUAAUGGAGCUGCGCCGAGCCCGCAGGGGUCUGGAAGGGUGUUAAGGGACCGGUCAACGAGGGCAGUACCGGCGUGGUUGAAGGACACCAAAAGCGACGACGACGAAGAAGAACCUAGCAUAGACACCGGUGCAUCUAAGCGGAGGAAAGUUUCCAAUGGCAGGCGGAAGAAAAAUUCAGAAUCUGCGGGUUCGGCUGAGGCUGGUGGGGGGGUCGCAGGUGACAGCCUUCAAGCCACAGACUCACAGGAUCCACAGAAACCUGCCACAGAAACUCAAGCUCUUCCCUCCAGACGCCCCCCAGCACAAACCCGUGCCAAGCCCCCGUCUGGCAGGACCGCCCGUGGCUCUGCCAAGCCUGUAUGUAAGACCGAACCUGCAAUGGAAAAUCCAGCUGUGGAAGAUGAUGUCAACGAUAAAGAGAAGUAUGAAAUUAAAAAGAAAGAAGAGGAAAGUGAUGAUGUUGCUAUGCCAGUGCUGGAUGACGAGGACCCUGCAUUUCAGGAUGACCCAACAGACCUCAACUACCAGCCACACAGUCAGAGUGGUGCAGAAGAGGAUGAAGGUCUCAGCAGUGAUGAAGAUGUUCCUUUUAGGGAUGACUUGAAUGACCAGAGCUACGACCCGAAGGCUGAAAGAAAUAAAAUAGAAGGUAUCGACAAUGUGGAGGGGGUGGAAGAGGAGGUGAAGCAGGAGGAACAAACAUCAGAGGACCCAGAUGGACCCAGGAAGCGAGGGAGACGAAAAAAAGAUGAUAAAACUCCACGGCUGCCUAAGAGAAGGAAGAAGCCCCCAGUACAGUAUGUGCGCUGUGAGAUGGAAGGAUGUGGCACAGUUCUUGCUCAUCCACGCUACCUACAGCACCAUAUAAAGUACCAGCAUUUGCUCAAGAAGAAGUACGUUUGUCCUCAUCCCUCCUGUGGAAGGCUCUUCCGGCUGCAGAAGCAGCUGCUGCGUCACGCUAAACAUCACACAGAUCAGAGAGAUUAUAUCUGUGAAUUUUGUGCUCGUGCCUUCAAGAGCUCACACAACCUGGCUGUGCACCGUAUGAUCCACACAGGAGAGAAACCCCUGCAAUGUGAGAUCUGUGGCUUCACCUGCCGACAGAAGGCAUCUCUGAACUGGCAUAUGAAGAAGCAUGAUGCUGAUGCCACCUAUCAGUUCUCCUGCUCCAUUUGUGGCAAAAAGUUUGAGAAGAAGGACUGCGUAGUGGCCCAUAAAGCCAAGAGUCACCCGGAGGUCUUAAUAGCUGAGGCCCUGGCAGCCAAUGCUGGUGCCCUCAUCACAACCCCUGCCUCCUUGCUAGAACUGCAGGGAAACCCUGUGCAAGCAGAGGUCACCAGCCUGGACGUCGGCCAAAUAGGGCAGGAUGCGCACGUGGAGCAGUUGAGCCAGGAAGGUCAAGUUGGGCAGCAAGUGGCUCAGGUAUCUCAGAUGGGUCACACGGCGCAGCAAGUGAGUCACCAGGUGGUUUUACUGGGACAAGACCAGAGUCUCCAUACCAUGCAGGUACCAGUGACGAUCGCCCUGUCUCCCAUUGACCCCCCUUCACCGGCUGACAACCAGCAACAGACUCACCUCCAGCUUCAGAUGCCCGUCCAGUUUGUGCAGGCGGCUCAGCAGUCCCAGGAUCCCCAAAUCCAGCAGCUGACUCUCCAUUCCAGCUCAGUGGUGACCCAGCAUCAACCCCAGCUCCAGCCGCUACAGUCCUACUCCUCCCAGCCGCAGAGCCAAGGGCAGACACAAAUUCUACAAAUGACCUUCCAGCCGGUCAGCCAGUCUCAGACCCAUAUUCAGCAGAUCCCCAUCCUAGCAACUUCACAACAGCUCCAGACCCUGCAGACAGCUACACCAAGCCCUGCUCUCCUGUCUCCACCCCAAACCCACUCCCAGGUUCCAUCCACCGCUAAUGGGGACAGCUUUAUUCUCGACAAUCCGGUGCUCUCUUCCUCUUCUCCCUCUGGCAGCUCCCUCCAGCAGACAGAGGUGGUGGGAGAUGAUAGUGUAGUGUGGGAGCAGACAGGGCAAGGGGACGUUUUGUCUGAUGGCACUGACAGACAUGUGCAGCAGACCCUGAUGUAAACCAAGGAUGAUGCACACUAAGAAAUAGAGCAAAUUAUUUCAUCAGUGACCUAAUACACUGUAUUGCAAUGUUUGAGCUAAAUGUAGGAGCACCAGUAUAUUAUGUAUUAUUCACUCUUAGUCAUAUUUGGUAGCUUUUUAGAAUAUCUGUAUCAGGGAAAAUAUGUAUGUGUCAGUAUGUGUAAGUUGUUGCCUUUGUACAUAAGUCAUGUAAACUUAAUAAGCCUUUUAUGUGAGUGUGUAUUGAUGCAGCGAUGAACUCCUAAGAGGAUAUGUUGCAAAUAUGCAAUAUAAUGGCAUACCUCUAAGUAAUAUAUAGCACAUCACAUGUCUAGUGUGUGGCAUUGUCAAGGUUCCUACUAGAAUGAAUUAGUUUAUUUUAUGAAGUAACGAGAGAACACUCUUAGUAUGUGCAAGGUGAAUAAAAUGAAUGGACGUUUUUUAAAUUGUGCAAAUUUACUAUUAAACAUUUGAGUUUAACAAAAAAAUAACUGAAAACAAGUUUAACUCAUUACCUAUAAUAGCAAUGAAAGCUAUAAUAGGUCAGAAUAGAAAGGUAUUUUGCUGAAAUGCAA